CUCUCUCUCUCUUCUCUCUCCCUCCACCACACACAAACUCUCUUCUUGAAGCACCAUGCCAGUUGCAGGAGCAACAGCAUUACAUUCUUUUCUGUGCUCCUCUCCUCAGAAACCAUUAUCCCACCAACGCUGCCACCAAUUAAACACCUUAGCAGCAAAACCAAAAAACCCCCUCCAAAAGCAUCCACUCUAUACGCCAACCCAUGCAAAUCUCUCCGCCAGAUCAAAGAGAAGAUCCUCUGCCUUGAAAUUAAUGGGUGUUGAUUCAGGUAAGGCUCUCCAAAACCUUUCUCUACACACCGCUACCCUUGAAUCCAUCCACUCCAUCAUCUCCUUCCUCCAAUCCAAAGGCAUCCUCCAGAAGGACUUGCCCAGGAUCUUUGGCAUGUGCCCCAGAAUUCUCACCUCUAGCAUCAGAACCGAUCUUAACCCAGUUUUCACCUUUCUCUCUCAAGACCUGAGAGUCCCAGACCAUAGCUUUAGAAGGGUCAUCAACAGGUGUCCAAGAUUGCUAACUUCUAGUGUUAGAGACCAGCUCAAACCAGCUCUAUUUUACCUUCAGAGACUUGGGUUCAAGGACUUGGAGGCAUUGGCCUACCACGAUUCAGUCUUGUUGGUUUCUAGUGUAGAGAAUACCCUGAUUCCCAAGCUCAAGUAUUUGGAAAGUUUGGGACUUUCAAGAGAUGAGACUGUGGGCAUGGUUUUGAGAUGCCCAUCUCUGUUAACUUUCAGUAUCGAGAAUAAUUAUAAGCCCAAGUAUGAGUAUUUUGCUGAGGUAAUGGAGAAGAAGAUGGAGGAAUUGAAGGAGUUCCCCCAGUAUUUUGCUUUCAGUUUGGAGAAGAGGAUAAAGCCGAGGCACGCGCAGGUUUCGCAGAGUGGAGUGGAGGUCCCUUUGUCUUUAAUGCUUAAGAGCACAGAUGAUGAGUUCGUUGAGUUGAUAACACAAGUGGGCCGGAGGAGUAUGGCGGAGGCACCUUUGUCCCCCUGAUUAAUCUCUCUUUCUGAGAGUGGGAAAGUCUUUACAUUUUCACCUUAAAUAAAACGAUCGAUCGAUCGAGGGCCAAGAAAUUUUUAUCAAUGUAUAUUCCGAUUUUUUGUUUUACAUUGAAGCCACAGCACUAUAAAUUGUUGCAGAAUCUUUUUAUAUCAAGGGUUAAAAGCGAGUGAUCAGUUGCAGAAGCUGUUGUAAGUUGUCGAGUGUAAAUUUGGUUGUUCAUUUUAUAUACAUUGAAGAAACAGCACUGUAAA